UAUACCUAUGCUUUGAUGCUUCCAGGAAAGGGUUCCUUGAUGGAUGUAGAAGAGUCAUUGGACUUGAUGGGUGUUUGUUUAAGGGUGCUUGCAAUGGUGAGCUGUUAUGUGCCAUAGGGAGGGAUGCCAACAACCAGAUGUAUCCUAUUGCAUGGGUAACCGUGGAGAAUGAAACAUAUGACUCUUGGUAUUGGUUUGUUAGCUUGCUGCAGAAAAACCUAAACAUCAGUGCUGGAGGUGAAGGAUGGGUUCUCAUUUUUGACCAGCAGAAGGGCCUUCUCAAGGUAGUAGCUAAGCUGAUUCCAAAUGCAGAGCAUGGGAUGUGUGCAAGGCACAUAUAUGAAAAUUGGAGGAAGAAGUACACUGACCACAAGCUGGCCCAAGACACUCCUCAAGGAGCCAAUGGUAUGAUGAACACUGCAGUUGAGCACUGGUGCAGGGCACACUUCAAGUUAGGGUCAUAUAGUGACUCUAUUGAUAACAAUAUUUGUGAGAGUUUUAACAACUCUAUCAUGGACUCUAGGUUCCUUCCAGUGAUUUCCAUGCAUGAAUCUAUCAGAUGCAAGGUCAUGGUCAGAAUUCAAGAAAAUAGAAGCAAGGCACACAAGUGGCUAGGGACAAUUUGCCCCAACAUGUUCAAGAAGCUGAAGCUGAACAUUGAGAGAUCUGCCAAGUGCAGUGUGCUAUGGAAUGGUCAAGAUGGCUUUGAGGUGAAAGAGAAGGAGAUGAGGAGGUACACUGUGAAUUUGGUGUAGAAGACAUGCAACUGUAGGUAUUGGCAACUCUCAGGUCUUCCCUGUUGCCAUGCUAUUAGUGCAAUCUACAAGGCCUCAAUGAAACUAGAUGACUGCAUAUCACCAAGUUAUGCAAUCACACAGUACAUGAAGACAUAUAGCCAUUGCUUGCAGCCAGUUAAAGGUCAUAAGAGAUGGCCUAUUUCUGAUAUGCCAAGGCCACUCCCACCUGCUUAUGUCAGGAUGUCUGGGAGGCCUAAGAUAGUGAGAAGAAGGGAGCCAACUGAAGCACAUAAAGGAACUAAGAUAAGUAAGGUUGGAGUUAAGAUGAGGUGCUUAAUGUGCCAGAAAACAACUCAUAAUGUCAGAACAUGCACUAUGAACCAGUAGGCAAGAAAAAUAAUUCAUACAUCAAAAGAGAUGCUGCUAGGAAGAGGAAGCAAAGUGAGGCCUCAAUAUCUACUAUUGCCAUAGCAAACACAAUGCCUGAGGUUGGGACACAGCAGAGUGCAACCACACAGGUUCAACAACCCAGGAAGAGGACUUCAUGGCGCAACACAAAUAGGCUAGCCCACCUGCUAUUUGGUUCAAACACCUAAAUCCAUGUAGACCUAUAGAUGUUUCAUUUUGUUACAGGGCCUUAUGUAAAGGAUGUUUCAUUUUGGUGUACAUAGUCCUACAGCUUUUGUAUGAAUGUUGGCUUUUGUUCUUAGGGAUGCAUGAAUGUUGGCUAUGAAUAUAUGGU